GCCGGUACAGCAUCUUCUUGUUCAAAUAACUGUGAAAACACCGAUCUCCCUUACUGGGUUUCUCUCAGAUUGGUAGCAAAGGAUAUAAAGUUAAAUCCCAUUCCUUAUAAAAUGUCUAAAGCUCAAGAUCCAUUUUACAUCGUCAAAGAAGAGAUUCAAGAUUCUAUUGAUAAAUUGCAAUCAAGUUUUCAUCAAUGGGAAAGGGUUCCUGGGGGAACUGGUGAGCAAGUUCAUCUCACGAAAGAGUUGCUUGCAAAUUGUGAGAGCAUCGCAUGGCAGGUGGAUGAAUUGGAUAAAGCGAUUUCGGUGGCAGCUAGGGAUCCUUCUUGGUACGGCAUCAAUGAAGUCGAGCUCGAAAAUCGAAGGAGAUGGACCAGCAAUGCUCGUCUUCAGGUGGCUGAUGUGAAGAGAACCGUUGGAGCCGGAAAAGAGAAUGAUAAUAGUGCAAGUGCGAUCCGUCGAGAAUUAAUGAGACUACCAAAUUCUCAACAACCGGAUAUAUCUGACCACUAUAGUGCAAAAAGUAACGAUGACUUUGUAGCAUCGGAAUCGGAUAGACAAAUGCUUCUUCUAAAGCAGCAGGAUGAGGAGUUGGAUGAGCUGAGCACAAGUGUCAAGAGAAUCGGAGGUGUUGGGCUUACUAUACAUGAAGAACUUCUCGCACAGGAGAAGAUUUUAGAUGAGUUGGGUACCGAAAUGGACAGCACAAAAAAUCGACUGGAUUUUGUUCAGAAAAAAAUGGCUAUGGUCAUGAAGAAGGCUGGUGCAAAGGGCCAGAUUAUGAUAAUAAUUUUUUUGCUAGUUUUGUUCAUCAUUCUAUUCAUUCUGGUCUUCUUCACUUAAAUGACUGGAGAAAAAAGGAACCUGAGUCUUACAAUGUUCGUACACGAACAUGAACGAGAUAUGAUAUUCUCAGAAAUAUCCCUUUUUGUUAGCAUCGUCUCUAGUGUUGAAUAAACGAUGAUUCGGAAAUGCUGAACAUAGAAAAUAUUUGUGUUCUUCUGGGUUUUCAUGACAGUGUUUGAGCUUGAAUUAGUACUGUUAUGUAAAGGUUUACGUUAUUACAUUUAUUAAAAUUACUCUUUACUGUUUA